AUGGUUUUCAACAACCCGGAGUACUGGCUCCCUUUUUACCCAAAAUACAACCCCGUGGCAGUCGCGGUGUUCUAUGCGGAGCAGAAGGCCAACCUCUGGCGGAGGCCAGAGUCCCAUUUCAAUAGGCUUGGGCUUGAGCGUACUGACUGGAAUCCAGCCAAGAAACGCAAACAAACUAGCCAGAGGCUGAAUCAGAGCAGGGAAGAGGCCGCGUCUGUGGUUGGGGCCGGGAUCACACUCAAAGCUGAGCCGCUGUCAACCUCUGCGACUCCUAAGACAAUCCUGUGGCCGGCCACAGCUGUUUGA